UGCCGAUCAGCGCCAACGUGUUAGGCUGCACGAGCAUUUUGUCGCUGUUAUUGAUAAAAAAGAUUCCCGGCUAAAUAUAAGUAAGAGGUAAGCUCUUCCGCGUUUUACUUGAAAUCAUGGAGGGAACAGUGAGAGAGGAGGCUGUUAUGUUACGUGUUUAAUCACAUUCAUCGUCGAUUUGAUUAUGUUAUGAGAUUUUUACUUUUUUUUUUUUUCGAUUGCUAGAUGAAGAGAAAUGAACAUAUGAUUUAAAUUUCGAAACUUCGUUUAGAUUGACAGGACUUUUUGUGAUUUCUCCAACUCCAGCGUCAGAAAAAUAGCAAGAGAACCGAUUUUUUUUACCAAACAGAUCUUUACACUCGGGUAUGUUGACCAAGUCGGCCAACUCGUGUUUAACUCGUCUUCUUAAAGAAAUUUAUCUUUAUUUGGGUUUCAAAAAUCACUUUUUGUGUUAUGUUGUAAGUGUCAAAUCUUUUUGUGAGUUUUUAAAAAACGUUUGCCGCUGAACUACUGGUAAUAAAAAGCCUCCUUCGUGGGUAUAUUUUGGAGCAACAUUUUAAUUAAUGCAAGGAAACAUCUUGAGGUCGCUACGAUAAAAUCGUGACUUCUUGAGGUCACAACUUCUUGCGGUCACGACUUCACGAAAUUUUGCUGCGUGACAUAUCUUCCGGUUUGGUACCUGAGGAGCUUUGAUUUGGAAAUUACCGAUAACAAAAAUAUCAACUACAGUGAAUUGCAGCGUGUAAAAACCAUUUUGACAUAUCAAAAAUGAACGAAUAAAUAGAAGAGAAAUUUUGCAAAUUGAGUUUCUAGUAGUCCGGAGUCAACUUGAAAAUUUUCCUUGACUUUGUCCUGUGAUUGGUCUUGAAAAGUCACAAUACCGUUUCGACAAAUCAGAUACAAAACAUAUAAAACCCAGCCAUUACUCGGUAAUUCCCGUUUUCUCUUGCUUCAGGUCGUGCAUAUUAGUUAACUCUGGGUUCUCACUAGCUCCUUGUCGUAUUUUGUUCAGUCUGGCGGUUUUUAUUUCUUUAGCCUCGCUGUUGCGCUUGAACUAGGACCGUUCUUAUGCAGCCGAUGUAACCUUAUAAUUUAAAUGCUGCUUUGUUUAAUUCUAACAACAAUGCAAACCUUUGUUAUUAUAAAUUUUUCAGAAAAGUUAUCAGAGCUCUACCAGUUAUGAGUACCACAGACGGCAUAAAGCUUCUGAUCUGUGGCAGUGGUAAUGGUGCGCAUGCCUUCGCUGGCAUCGCCUCGUCACAUCCGGGAACUGAAGUCAGGGUGCUCAGUUUGUAUCAAGACGAGGCUGAGCGUUGGAGCAAAAUCAUGCAAACCGCUGACCUAGAGAUCACAUGCAACCGCCGUGACCAAGAACCGAGCAUCAUCAGAUCCAAGCCAGCUUUGAUAACUAAAAACCCUGAGAAAGCCGUGCGUGGUGUUGACAUCAUAGCCUUCGUGCUGCCAGCAUUUGCCCAUCAGGUGUUUCUGGAAGCUCUUAAGCCGUAUAUUGAACCGGGUGUGAUAAUUGUUGGUCUGCCAGGGGCCUCGGGACUAGAAUUCCAAGUUCGCGGCAUACUGGGAGAUAAAGCAAACAGUUGUACGGUGAUGAACUUCGAAUCCUUGCCUUGGGCUUGUCGUCUGAGUGAAUUCGGCAGGAAAUGCGAAGUCCUGGGAACCAAGGAGACCCUGGUUGGCGCAAUGCAGGUAGGAACAUGGUGCAAUCUAAUUUUGUGUGUGGCAUGUACUUUAGCCGAGUUCUGCAGUUAUGUUGAAUUGGAGAGUAUUUUUUCUGCUGGAUCAAAACAAGAAUUAUAUGAAAUGCUUGUGAAAUGCAGUUUAAGGGAAUUCGGCUGCUCGCCUCUACCGUAAAUUUAACGCGGCUUUGUAUUUACUCUUAUUAUUUAGGUCGGAUCCGAUGCACCACCUAAGAAGGAGCCAGUUACGUCUUUACAGUACCUUCUUGGUGGGGUUCCUCGCUUGACUGUCUCUGGGCACCUUAUCGGUGUUUCUCUUAUGAACCCUAAUGCGUGCUCGCACCCGGCCAUCAUGUAUGGUCAAUGGGUGGGGUGGGACGGGACUCCAUUGGACCAACCACCCAUGUUUUAUACCGGAGUCACUGAAGAGACAGGCGAGCUUCUUACCAAAAUGUCGGACGAGGUAGUUCACUUGGGAAAAGUAAUCGCGGAAAAGUCUGGAGCCGAUAUGUCUCAGGUAGAUGUGAUUCUAGUUUUAGCACUCUUUUCAAGUUCUAUUUUUUUACACUUCACCGUAACAGAGAGUCGAACUAACAGCUGGAUCGGUUAUUAAAUAACUAUAAAAGCUAAGUUUUUUCGUUUGUCUCGCGAUGUAGUCACGUGUGAUGUAGAUCGCGAAGUUUCGACUGCAUACUGCUAGUCUUCUUCAAGCGAUGAGGUCCACUGAUCAUGCGUGAUCUUAUAAAGCCUGAUGCUCUGCUGUGAUUAGUUGUUUUUCAACAGCUCUGAUUGGUGCAUUUCGAUCCUUGCUGUUUCACUCAGUGAUUUUCUCCCUCGGCGGUCCGCUGUCGCAUGGCUUUCCUGUUGUUGUGUUUUUUGAUCGUGGGUAUCCACGCUUCUGGAAUUUCUAUUCCACUAUCCCUGUUGAUGUUGUUAGGGUGAAGUCUUAUAUGAAAUGCCUCUUUGACCCUGCGCGUGUAGUAAUGAGGGUCACGAUCGAUAAACUUCGUUCCAGAGUGGCUUAUGUCCGGUGUUGUGGGCAUGCUCUGAAACGGCGGAGGUCUCGGUACGGGCGAGUCGGAUGUCUCGAUCGUGCUCCUUAAUUCUGUCUUGCAUAGGUCUUCCAGUCUCUCCGAUGUACACCUUGCCGCAUUCACAGCUGAAUGCAUAACUAUUCAUAACACUUCACCACAGUGGAGGUGGCUAUUGGUUGAUAUUUACCAAGCCGUGAAGUGGCAAGGUAGAUAUCCACCGAUAGCCACCGACACUGUGGUGAACAGCUGUUUCAGUAUAUACUUAAACAGUGGUAUAAUAUAACACAACAUGAGGAUUUAAACUAAAAGACAUAUCUCUGCUACGAUUCCAAUAUUUUUGAGCGCAGAUCUCGCGCGAUUUGCUAGGAGACGAAUGGCAAAGGAGAUCUGGAAGAUUGUUGGAAUUUUGACGCUUUCCACCGUUUCGUAUUGGUACAUACUAAUUUCAGAUAUACUGAGAUCCCCAAGUUCCAAACACGAGAGUCAUUGAAAAAUAAUUUGGAGGAGGGCUCUGAGUUUGAUUGUCUCUUAGCUGCAGAACAAGUAAUUAUGCAAAUUUUGUGAAUGACGAGUACCACGUCUGGGAGGAGAAAUUUGAUUCAUGAGUCGUUACAGAAUUUUAGUGUGAUUUUCAUAAGCUUUCCCUGUGGAUUGGAAAUAAGCUUGUUACAUUUAUCAAACAUAAUCUGAUUACUAAUGCGAUAACGUAAAUUAGAGUUUUAAUUUGACAGCGUCUGACAUUUGGGUUGAAUAUCCGAUACCCGCUCACCAAAUCUACCGCAGACAGACAAUAUGUCUGGACCCUAGUUUGAAAAAAUUUUUUAGUUCGAAUUCUGUCAUUUUAGUGUGAUUACCUCUUACGCAUCGUUUCAAUUUGCCCGUUCAAGGCGUUUUGUCGGUAAACUGGGCGCAGUAGUCGUGCAGAGCGGAAAAACAGGGAAGCUUGAGUAGGGUUUUGACUAUUUCUUUUUCACAAACCUUCUGUAUUGUCCGCUUUAUUAUUGCGUCACAGUUACUAUAUGAACGUCAGGAUCACACCUUGUUUCACUAGGUAUGAUUGAUGUAACUCCACUGGCUUUAACAUUGAAAAUGUCCCUGCCGAAGGACAAAAAAAAACCAGCUUUACACUCUAGAAUGAAAAUGGAAGUGGGGGAGGGGUGGAAGGGGGGAGUGUGUGAGAGAGACAGUCUGUGAAGGAUGGUUGGACGGUACAUUCAUCCUAACAGUAUUAAGCAGAGAGGAAUCUAUGAGCUAAUCCUCAUCUCAUCUUGGAUGCAAGAUUAAUGAUUUCUUACCAGACUGUAUUAUUUGUAGGGUAAUUCAGUAUCAUCAACUGAGUUGAUAACUGUAAAGAGUUUAAAAGCUGACAUUUCGAGCGUUAGCCCUUCGUCAUUAUUUGCUCUGACGAAGGGCUAACGCUCGAAACGUCUGCUUUUAAAAUCUUUACGUUGGCCAAUUUACGUUAUCAACUUAGUUGAUAAUACUAAAUUACCCUGUCAUAAUCUCUCACCGACGCAGCACCACAGUUUCUUUAGAAACUUACCCCUUUAUAUAUCAUUUGUACUUGAUUUCUCUCAGGUCGUUCCCAUGUUAGAAUGGGAUUUACGCUGUUAUCCUGAGGAUAUAGCUGAUAAAACAAACCAGUACACCGCUCUGCGAACAAACGCCGCUUACCAGGGCCUGAAACAUCCCGUGAAAGAGACUGGACACGGAAAAUUCGUGCCAGACUUUCAUCACCGCUAUCUGACAGAGGAUAUCCCAUACGGGCUCUCUGUCAUACGGGGUAUAGCGGAUAUCGCAGGAGUGAAGACGCCAUACAUCGAUAAAGUGCUUCUCUGGGCUCAGGGAAAGGUCGGGAAAAAUUACAUUGAAGAUGGCCAGCUUAAAGGGAAUGAUGUCGCUUCCACCAGAGCCCCACAAAGAUACGGCCUCUUAACACUAAAAGACGUUCUGGGUUGAUGACAUAGCUGUUGCUUAUGGGGCACAGAACUAGUUUUUGGUUAUUCCGCUGCUUCAACACCGCAAACGCUCUUUUAAACCCCUCUAAUACUAAAGCCACUGUUUAGAACUUCAAGUUUUUUAUAGGCCCCUCUGUUAACUAGCGUCACAGUACAUGUAAUUUAAAGCCUGAAAUACUUUCCGUUUUGUGUCCGUUUUGUGUAUCGUAGGGUUCUAGCGAGAGAAAUGUAUAUUGUUUACAGUGUUCAUUAAUUCUGGACGACGAAUGAGGAGAAAACUGUUGGCUCGCAUAUUGGAUUGCAAUAAGUUAGCGACAAGGGCCUCCCCCCUUCUCUAUUAAGGUCUCCAUUUAAGGGAACUGGAAUGAAAGAAGUCACGGGGGGGGGGGCGUACUUGUACUGAAAGCGACUUUCCUAAAGCAUUUGUAGUAUUGUGCAUAUACCUUGCAAAGGAGAAAGGUCAGUCUCAAGUCGGCAAGGAAACUGGCCGGUUUACAAAAGUUUAUUUGAGAUAAGUUGUUGGAAGCAGCGUCAAUUUUCUGUUUGAUGAUUUUUAAAAAAGGUGUAGCAUGUUAAAUGUUGUUGUGUCUAAAGAUUCCCAGAAACCUUGGUAUUAAAGACAUAACUUCAGUCUCGU